AAACAUCUUGUGACGUCACGAAGAGGGAAGGUUGAGUGUGGGAUAAUUUUUUCAAUUUUAUUAAGUUGAAGCAUAGAUGAGAUGUCAGGAGAGGGAAAUAACACAAGAAAGAAAAUCAGAGCAAAAGAUGUCUUUGAAGCCUUCUACUUGAAGUAUCAUCGGGAUGAUCUUUUGAACAUACUUGAGAGUGAAGAUGAAGAUGAACACUAUCCUUUAACUGUCAAUUUCUUAACCUUAUUUGAAGAACAUGUCGAGGUGGCAGAGUCUCUUCUUGCGUCCCCAAUCAAACUUCUUCCAGUCCUAAAUGCAGCAUUGGUUGGAGCUUCAUCCAAACUUCUUAGCGAAUUGGGAAAUGAGAAAAAUGAUCUCACUUUGAAGACAAAACUCCAUGCUAGAAUAACAGGCUUGCCAACAUGCCCAGAACUGUUCCGUCAUGCUAUCCCACGUACAUCUGACAUUGGGCGCCUCCUCUGUGUGGCAGGAACUGUUGUGAGGACAACAGCGGCAAAGAUGCUAGAGUACCAGAAGGAGUUCAUAUGCACCAAAUGCAAGCAUGUUUUUACGGUGAAGGCUGACCAUGACCAGUACUACCAGCUCAACAAGCCUGGAAGAUGUCCUAAUCCAGACAACUGUUACUCCAACAAUUUCAGCUUGCUAGGUGAAACAACACAUCCUGUUCACACAAAGGACUUUCAGGAGAUCAAAAUCCAGGAACAAGUACAAAAACUUGUGGUUGGAACAAUCCCAAGAUCGUUAUGGGUGACCCUAGAGGAUGACCUUGUGGAUAUGUGUAAGCCAGGUGAUGAUGUCCUCAUCUGUGGUACAAUGCAUAGGAGAUGGAAGCCAGUGAGUAAGGAUAGCAGACCUGAUAUUGACCUUGUCUUGAAAGCCAACAAUGUUACUAUCAGAAACAAGCAGCGUUCAGGCACAGUUGUAACAGACGAGAUGAGGGACGAGUUUGCAGAGUUUUGGGAGUUUCACAAGUAUAACCCCUUGACUGGGAGGAAUAUAAUUCUUGCAUCAUUCUGCCCACAGGUAUAUGGUCUUUAUGUGGUAAAGUUAGCGGUGGCAAUUGUAGUGGCAGGUGGAGUGCAGAAGAUUGACACCAGCAGCACAAGGGUCAGAGGAGAGUCGCACCUCCUGUUGGUGGGAGAUCCAGGAACCGGCAAGAGUCAAUUCUUGAAGUAUGUGUGUUCCCUAGUACCGAGGUGCGUUCUGACCACAGGUGUUGGCACCACUAAUGCUGGCCUCACUGUCUCUGCUGUCCGGGAUGAGGGAGAGUGGGCUCUGGAGGCUGGGGCUUUGGUAUUGGCUGAUGGUGGAGUGUGUUGCAUUGAUGAGUUCAACAGUGUGCGUGAGGCAGACAGGGCUGCCAUCCACGAGGCUAUGGAGCAACAGACAAUAAGUGUUGCCAAGGCAGGACUUGUGUGCAAGCUGAAUACAAGAUGCAGCAUUUUGGCAGCAACCAACCCCAAGGGACAGUACGAUCCUGAGGAAUCCCUGACAGUUAAUGUGGCCCUGGCAUCCCCACUCCUCUCACGGUUUGACCUCAUCCUGGUUCUGUUGGACACGAGGAAUCAAGAAUGGGACAGGAUCGUGUCCAGCUUCAUCCUGGAAGGGAAGGACCCGCUGGCUGGAGCAAAGGGCAAGGGCGAGGACGACUGGGGCAUUGAGCAGCUGCAGGCGUACUUCUGCCACAUCCGCAGUCUGCAGCCUUCCAUGACACGCGAGGCCAACGUCAUCCUGGCCAAGUACUACCAGCUGCAGCGACAGACAGACCAGCGGAGCCAGGCGAGGACCACCAUAAGGCUUCUGGAGAGCCUGGUGCGGCUUUGCCAGGGACACGCAAGGCUCAUGAUGCGACAGGAGGUGACGGUGCAGGACGCGGUGGUGGCCGUGACCCUCAUGGAGGCGUCGAUGUGCGGGGCUUCACUCAUCACGGGCAUCAACCCUCUUCACACGGCCUUCCCAGCAUCGCCCAGAGAUGAAUACAGGACCCAAGUGAAGAUUGUGCUCGAGAGACUUGGGCUGUUUGACAUCCUGACGGAGGAGAUGGCGAAGAUCAGUGAGGAGGAAAGGCUGUGCGCGAACUCCAGCCUCACCCAGCCAAAGCCACCAUCCAAGAUGGCUAACAGUACAGAGAGCGAGGGGCCGCAGACAGUGAAGUAUGUUCCAAAGAAUGUGUUCAAACCCUCCGUGAGCGAAGACAAGACAAACCCAGGUAUCAUUGAGGAACUGGAGGAGCGAGAGGAGAAGAGACGGAGGCCAGGAGGAAGCAGGCAGCAGAGGAUAGAUGAGAUGCACCCCAAGAGGGCGGACACUAGCCUCCCGUCCCCGGACUUGGAUGUGUCCUUUGGUACUCUGCUGGGGGAAGUGGAGGAGAAGGAGGAGGAAAACGUAGAUUUCUUUGGAAAGAACAAGAGAAAGAAGAGUCAAAAGAGAACGCAGCAAACAGAAGAGGCAGACGCUCCAGAGACCCAAACAAAGAAGAAAUCUAAAAGAGGCAGAUCAAGUGGCACAUCCAUGACUAUCGCACCAGGACCACAGGCAACUAAGAGAACUUUAGAGUCUUCACAGGUCCAGGUAGACAGGGCCAUGAAUGACCUGCUAGAUGAUCUAGAAGACUUUGAAAGCACUAAACCAUCUUGGAAUGUUACUUCUUCUAGUGUUGGAAAUGUUCCAUUCCUCGGUAUGCUUUCACAGAAAAUUAAGCAAAACGAAUAUGAAAUCACAAAACUGCAGAAAAAUUGCAACAACCAGAUAGUGAUGAGGGCGGCCAGACCCAGCCAGCCAAAAGGGUAUCAUCCACCUCGGAAGGGGAAGGGAAUAGUAUUGAAGAUAAUAGACUAGAUAAUGAAAGGGAAAAGUCAGGUUCCCUUCCACCCUUCAAAAUGACCAGUCAGAAACAUCCAACGCAGGAUAAGCAAGAUAGUUCUCCCAUCCUCGGGGCCAGCACACUCUUCGCCAAGAGCAAGAGAUCCUCCUUCCUCCUAACAACUAAGUCAACCAAAGGGGUUCUGGAUGGGCCGGUCCAAGAUUCAGAGAAGGAGAACAACAACGCGGAUGCACAGAGGAACAGGGAAAGAACAGGAGAUCAGACAGUCGCCAAGAGUGAGCGGCCAAGGCUCAUCCUCCCCUUCAAGAAGCCUGUGUUCCCUUCCAGCCAAGGAAAGUCCAGUCAGCAGCCCACGACUCUCUCUUUCACGAGGCCCAAAUUUGCUCCUGUAGAUGACAUUGACGAUGCAGACUUUGAGUUGGACUUGUAAAGUGGCGACAAAACUCGUAUUUUCUUGAAAAUUGUUUGAUAUAGUUUAUGUAACUUUAUGUGCAUGUAUAUUAUUGAUAUAGUAGAUUAUCUUGUGAUAUUAAUUGACUAGAUUGCAUAUAACAUCGGUACUUAGGCUCAUUAGGCAAAAUAUUUUUACUGGAAUUAAUAUUGGGGAAAUGCAGAGAUUUAUACAUUUGCCAUGUACAAAGCAGGGUUUAUUUUUUUAAUGAAAAUUUACAAGUUGAUAUACGUAAAAAUGCUACAUGUCAGGCCCUUUACAUAUAUUUUAGAUAUUUAAAUAUUUUUGUUGACUGUAGUCCAAAACCAUUUACAUAGACCAUUUUUGCUGAAUAUAUUUGUGUCCAUGUUUUUAUGUUAAUUUUUUUUUUAGCAUGGAGAUUGAUAAGAAAGUACAAUUGAUUUUUGUACAUUUUGAAAGAUUAUAUUAUAUAAUAAAUAUUGUUGAUUUU